AUGCUAAAGGUAAUUGGAUUUUUAUUAUUGCUACAUUCAGCCAUCUCAUUAAUCAGAUAUAGAAAACAUUUAAUUUACAAUGACACGACUGAUUAAUAUCAUAUACCUUUGGAUAUCUUAUUGGAAAUAAUUGUGGGAUUUGCUUUAAAUAUGUUUUUUGGAGUUAUUAUGGAUAAAAAAUUUGCUAACAUACAUGAAUUUCCACAUAAAAAAACCUAUGACUAAGCUUUCUAAAGACCUAAUUUCAGAUAACCUGGUGGUAGAGGAGGAGUAUUAUAAUCUGUAGUAAAAGAUAAAAUCGGAAAUUUUGACAUCAACCAUUGA